AAAUACGUACUAAAUGAUGGCAGUUUUGAAAGCCACUAUAGAUCUUGGACUCGACAACCGUAUAGGUCACGAAAAAUAUUUGGCAGAAUAUAUCUUGUAAAUACGUUCUACAAUGGAUAACUGGUUAAAAGAACGUCUUUCGAAGUAUCUUUGCUUCGAGAUACCGGAUGAAAUGAUUGGUUACAUCCUAACCAUACGUGCAGCACAGGAAUUGGAUGAGUACUUUAAAACAUUGCUCGAUUUCAAUAACCCAGAGCAUGUAGGAUUUCUGAACGAGUUCAAGCAACGAUUGAAGAAAAGUUCUUCGGAUGGACGACAUGGUACCGGAAAGAACCAGAAAGGCAACAAAUCACAACAGCAAAAUAGAAAAACAGAUCAGUUGCAGCCACAGUCAGUUCCAAAAGUAGAUUUAGUUGUUACCAAUCCGCCGGUUUCAAACCAAGGCGCAGUAAAAAAGAAAAACAAAUUUGUCAGUCUGUAUGACCAAGAAGGUCGGACAAAUGUGAUCCUGUUGAAAGGACGUAACUUGUGUGAUUGUCAGGCAUCGAAACAUAAAUUAAUCAACAAUUGUUUACACUGUGGACGAAUUGUCUGUGAACAGGAGGGAAGCGGCCCGUGCCUGUUUUGCGGCAGUUUAGUCUGUACGGACGACGAGCAGCGAAUGAUUGAUAGUUCUUCGAAAAAGGGUGACAAUUUGCGGCGGACUUUGCUGGAUCAAAACCGCCCGAAAGGUUGGGAAGAAGCAGUGGCCACGCGGAACCGCUUGUUGGAGUACGACCGGAAUAGUGAAAAACGUACAACGGUAAUCGAUGAUGAAAGCGAUUAUUUCAAAACGAACUCGGUGUGGUUGUCGGAUGUCGAGCGAAAGAAACUGGAGAAGCUAGAGUCGGAGAUGAGGGAAAAGAAACAUGCCAGCCGAAUGAGUCGAAAGGUGACGUUGGAUUUUGCUGGACGACAAAUCGUAGAAGAACCCCAACUAACUAUCGAAGUGGAAGAUAAAAUAUUGAAGCAGAUUGCGGAGUCGGUUGGACCCGGAAAGGAGAAUGUUAGUGACAAUCGUACGUGGAAAAACAAACAAGAAAGAUUGGAACAAGCAGACGAUAUACACCCAGGAAUUAUAGGAGAACCUCCGACGUUCAUAGACAUUAAUGAUGGAUCGUUGCGGCUCAGCCAGAAAACCCAGUGUUCAGUCAGUGGUUUCGACGGUGUUUACAGUAAAGUGCAAGACAAGGAAUUCCUUGAAAUGUCCGAUCUACGGCACUGCCUUUCGAUGCAUCAACCGUGGGCAUCGUUGCUGGUUGCCGGUAUCAAGAAACAUGAAGGGCGCACCUGGUACUCCUCUCAUCGAGGUCGACUGUGGAUUGCUUCAACGGUGAAACCUGUUGAUAUGGAACUGGUUCAGAAGAUGGAACAGUUCUAUCGGAAUCUGUACAACGACGAAAAUAUUGAGUUUCCGUCUCAGUACCCAUCUGGUUGUCUGCUAGGUUGCGUGUCCGUUCAGGACGUCUUACCACAGGAAGAGUAUACCAAGCAAUAUCCGAACGGUGAGUCCGACAGUCCGUACGUUUUUAUUUGUAGCGAUUCCCAAGAGCUACCGAUUCGGUUUCCGGUCAAAGGUCAACAUAAGAUUUAUAAUCUCGAUACUAAAAUUCAUCAGGCUGCUGUUAAAUCCCUCCAGAGACUGUCAAAGCUUAAAGCUGAUACUUAGGAAGGCGAUAUGUUAUGAAAUAUUAUUCCUUAUAUUUGAACCUAAUGAAAUAUAUGUUUCAGUUGUUGGCAAUCUUUCGAUUGUUAAUUUACCACUAGAAAGUUUUAAACAGAUCGUGGUUUUCACAAGUUGAGUAGUAGAAAAUGAACAAUCCAGGUUCAUUGACACAAUGGAUUUUUCACAAAAUCCAUCUCACAAAGUGACAAAAAGCUUUUUUUA